CGGAUUGCACGUAUUUAGCUAUGAAUCUAGCAUUCUAAUUAAGGUUGUUUGUGAUAUACCAUCCAACCAUCUCUAUUUUUUUGUUGGCUUAGCACUUGCUAUUACUUUUACUAAAAAAAUAUAUAAUACUUUCUCUUUUUUUUUUUUGGCCCUUUUUGCUGAGAAAAAUAGUACUUGCUGUUGCUUUUACUUUCUAUACAUGCAUACAUUACUCGAAUAUAUUUAUAUAACAUAUGCAUACAUUGCCACGAGAGGACGUAUUGAAGUGAUUGAAAUGCCUAGAAAAGUAUAAACAGUUCCUCACCUGCGUGUCCAAUGUAACCUCUGAAAGUAUUGGUUAGAUCUGUUGAUGAUAAUAAUAACGAGUUCCUCAACUCCAACGACCAGAAAUGUGGCAACACCAUUUUGCAUUUGGCUUCGAUGCUUACGCAAAUUGAGAAAUUUAACAGCUUGUACGAAUAAUGGAUAUAACAAGCCAUGACCAAGAUGAAACAAUGAGAGAACUAUAUGAGGCUUCAUUUCAAGGAUCCCCAGGCAUCUUGGAUUCAUUGUUCCAAAACGACCCUUUAAUUCUCAAUAAGAUAUCACUUACCCGUCACACUGAAACUCCUCUUCACAUAUCAGCUUUGCUUGGCCACCUUAAUUUCACCAAAAAACUUCUUUCUCUCAAACCCCAGGGACCGAAACUUGCUGCUGAGUUGGACUUACUCCAACGGGUACCCCUUCAUUUGGCUUCUGCUGAGGGCCACACAGACAUUGUCCGACUGCUGCUCCAAGCAAACGAGGACAUGUGCUUACGUAAAGAUAGGGAUGGAAAAAUCCCUCUCCAUUAUGCAGCCAUGAGAGGACGUGUUGACGUUAUUGAACUUCUCAUCGGCUGGCAACCUAGGUCAGUUUUUGAGAAGCUUAAUGAAGGAGAAACGGUUUUACACUUAUGUGUUCAAUAUGACCAACUGGAGGCUCUAAAGGUGUUGGUUGUAUCUUUAGGUAAUGAAAAUAACGAGUUCCUCAAUUCCCAAGAUGAAAAGUUUGCCAACACCAUUUUGCACUCAGCUGUGAUGCUAAAGCAAAUCAAGACAAUAGAAUACUUGGUUUCCAUACCUGAAGUGAAAAGGGGAGCGAGUAAGUUGAAUAGGAGCGGGUUUACAGCUUUUGAAACGAUAGAACAACUUCCAAAAGACUUCAAAAGCAUCAAAAUCCUAAAUAUUCUUCUGGAUAAACUGGGUCUCCUACCUGCACCAUCACCGUCAUCAUCAUCAAUAAAUAUAAGCGGUAAGAAAUCAAAGGAGUCAAGAGCAAUAAGUAGCACAAGUUGGUGGAGCAAAUGCCAAAGGUACAUCGGUAAGUAUGAUGGUGAUUGGGUGAAAGAUAGAAGUGGAGCUCUCAUGAUCGUGGCAACGGUGAUCGCAACAAUGACAUUCCAAACUGCAGUUAACCCACCUGGUGGUGUCUGGCAACAAGAUACCAAUACCAGCAUUUACAGCAAUUCUUAUUGCGGCAACGGCGGAGAUGAUACUUGUAUUGCUGGAACUGCAGUGUUAGGUUAUAUCUGGGAAGAUAAAUUUAUAUUCUUUCUGACUCUUAAUAGCAUCUCUUUUCUUUCAUCGCUCAGUAUAAUUCUUUUGCUUCUUACUGGAUUCCCAGUUAGGUACAAGCCUUUUAUGUGGCUUUUGAAUUUAGCCAUUGUUGUGAAUCUGACGUUCAUGGCACUUACCUUCUUGGAUGGAAUGUACUUGGUGACACCUAUGACUAUUGAUGAUUGGGUAUGGAGGUGCCGCACUCGUCUAUUUUACGGCUGGUUUGGAGUUAUUGGGAUCGUCUUUCUGCUCCAUACGAUUCGUUUUGUCUUUUGGGCUGUGAAGAAGUUGUACCGCAAGCUCAAAUGUUAAUGCACAUGUUUGAUAUUUUAUCACAUCCAUCCGUCCCCAGUACUACAAAAGGCAGUCCCAUCUGCGUCCUAGCUGCGUGCGUAUUCCCAUGUGUCAUCUCAUCAAGUCGCAGAUAUUUCAGUUAAAAUUAUUAAUCCGUUAUAAUUAAGUGUUAAUACAGUGUAGCUAAGGUUAUGUUAAUAAUGUUAUAUGUAAUUUCAAGUUGUUAAUGUGGUUAAUUAUAUGUAAUUUCAUGUUGUUAAUUUGGUUAAUUAGUUUUUAUUUGAUUUUAGCCCAGCUAGCACUUCAAUGUCUAUAUGUAAUCCUAACCU